AUAAGUUGAUCACGUUUGCACAUAUCACUGAUAGUCCCAUCAACCUCGCACUCUGAAUCAUUCGGGUUUUUUCUACAAGUUAAGAUCUGAAGGCAACGGCGCUUCGAAAAGUGAAUAACGGUUACCACAGCAUAAUGAUUGACACACAGUCGCUCGCCGUACGUUGUACAUAAUUAUUCCGUUUUUGUCCAAUAAAUACUAAGUACAAAUUUUGCGCCAAAGAAUUUCGUUCCUUGAAGGGAAAUUGCUUGGUUAACGAAAACGCAGUUGGAAGGUGUACGUAAUGGCCAAAAUACCCGUACAUGUGCAAAGUUAAACACGCUCUCUAAUAAACGAAAUUGAAGCGAAGCGAUUGCUAAAAUAAAACUACAAACAGUAACUUACUGCAAUUAAACGUAAAGAAAUUGAAAACCAGGAAACAGAAUAAUGAACAAUAAAGGCACUUACAAACACUGUACGAGAUCCUGGCAAAUGGCUGGCUUAGGACGAUUGAAAAUGAUUGAGAGCAAUUAUCCAGCACAGCUUAAACGAUUAAGUUGAAUGAAUAAAACUUACCCUAAAGACGGACAAAGAGAAAUUAUGCAAAAAAAUAGGGUAACAGAAUACCGUUGAAAGCAAUGCGCGUGUAAACAAAUUUAAUGAAAAUGAGACAGGACGAAAAAAAUCGAAUUUAUAACGAAUAACGGCAACAAUGUAUUCGGCGAAGAAUUUGAUGCAGAGAGAGUUCGUUACGCGCUGUCAUUCUCUUGAACUCUACCAUCUGUCUUACUGUCACGCAAUAUUCCGUUUAGAACUCUAUUGGAAGGUAUCAGGCGUACACAAGCGCGACGGAUAAACGUUUGUAUGUGAUCCAGGUUUUUGUUGACAAUGGAAUCAAGCGAUCCUAUGAUUAAGAAGAAAGCUAGCCCGGCACGCAGCUCUGCUCUUACAAUGUGGAAGGUUCUGGCCAUUAUCUUCAUUGUGAUAAGUAUAGCGCUGUUAAUUGCUUUGAUAGUUGUAGCAACAAAGCAACAGAAACGGGCCGAGAACCAACGCUCAAAGCCAAAACCAACAUCUAACACCGCCGUGACUGUGGAACCUUGUGCAGAUGGAAUGACAAGUUCCAACGCACAACCAAAGUCAUCUAGUCUUUUUGAAGACCUGACAGUCAGUGAGAUCACCGUCGUCAGGAACUAUCUUCUGAAGCAGGCAUCAAUGAACCUCACGGAAUAUUCGAAGGCUACAGUCAACAGCAAUUAUAUUUACUUGAUUCAGUUGCUUCCGCCGUCCAAAGAUGAAGUUCUGGAGCAUCUAGACAACAACGGUGCCAAGCCCGAACGAAGAGCGAUUGCUGUUGUUUUCCAUGGUGCGGCGGAUCCACCUGUGGUUAAAGAAUACAUUGUCUAUCCGGUCUCAACCCCAACUGAAUACAAGGUUAGAAAGAUUCAAGGUGGACACAAAAAAACUGUUCCAUUUAAUGCUCGACCUUUUGAUGGCGUUGUAGAAUAUAACACACUAGAACAGACGAUUAUCCGAGAAGCUGCCCAAAAACUCAACAAGUUGAUGUCUGAAAGUUAUGACGGCUACGUCUUCCCUUGUAUCUCUGGUAUGAAGUGUUUACAGUUCCUUUAUACAGCCCCAAUGGGUUUUACAGGGGAGGACCGCUACACCUGGAUCUCUUUCAUUCGCGGAGGUGUUGCAGGCCAAUACCUUCAUCCUUUGGACCUGAUGUUUCUGGUAGAUCAUGGAGGAGCAGACAUUUCCAAGUGGAAAAUCCUCAAGGUUCUGUACAACAACCAGACUUUUGACUCUGUAGACGAGUUAGCGGCCAAAUUCGAAAAUAACACCGUUAACAAGAUUUUUGUGCCUGCUCCAAAAGCGGGGGCAGACGCGCUAUUCUCCAGUUAUGAACGUCGAGGAGAUCCCCAACCAUCUAAACCAGCAAGAGGACCAGAACAGUACGAGCCCGAUGGAAAGCGUUACACUGUUAAUGGACGUCAAAUUACCUACAUGUCUUGGUCGUUUGAUUUCAGAAUGGAUUCCAACAGUGGCAUACAAAUCUACGAUAUCAAAUUCAAGGGAGAGAGAAUUGUUUACGAGCUCAGUCUUCAAGAAGCAGCGGCUACUUACGCCGGUUUUUAUCCAAGCCCCUCUUGGAAUAACUUUCUUGACGGCUCAUGGCGAAUGGGAAUGAGUAGUUUCGAAAUGGUUCGAGGCUUUGAUUGCCCUAAUACUGCUACUUUCUUUGACUUGGUGCACAUGAUCGGAGUUGCAAAUCCGCAGACCUUUCGCAACGCAGUCUGUGUAUUCGAACUAAAUACUGGAAUACCGCUUCGUCGACAUUAUGAUAACAACUUUUACAAUGGUUAUAACUUUUAUGGAGGGAUGGCCAACCAAGUUUUGGUUCUGCGUACAGUAGCAACAGUUUAUAACUAUGAUUAUGCUUUCGACUUCAUAUUCUACCAGAACGGAGUCAUAGAAGUCAAGGUGUCAGCCUCUGGGUAUAUCUUUGGAGCAUUCUAUAACUCUGACAUGGACCCAUACGCAUACCCCCUCCAUAAGGAUUUCACAAGUGGUACACACGAUCACCUUCUCAAUUACAAAGUUGAUUUGGACGUUGGUGGUCGAGGGAAUUCGUACGAAACUAUUGAAAUUGGAAUCCAAAACAUCACUGAGCGCUGGUUUCCCAACCGACGACGUGUCCAGAAGGUUCUAAAACGUAGUGUGAAGAAAACAGAGAUGGAUGCCGCUUAUAAGUUUGACUUCGAACGUCCAAUGUACUUGAACUUCUUCAAUAAUGACAAGACUAACAGGAUGGGUGUGAAGAGAGGAUACCGCAUCCAACUGGACAACAUGUUGAAACAGUUGUACCCAGAAGACUGGAUGAUCACGCCAAUGAUGAGCUGGUCCCUCUACCAAAUGGCUGUCACCAAAUACAAAGAGAAUGAAACACAGAGUAGCUCUAUUUAUAACCAAAACUCGCCAACAGAUCCGCAGGUUGAUUUUCGAAAUUACCUCGUGGAUGAUGAGCCCAUUGUGAACGAGGAUUUGGUUGCCUGGGUUACAAUUGGCGCGAUGCACGUGCCUCAUGCAGAAGACCUGCCCAACACCGCCACGGCUGCCAACUCAGCUCGCUUCUUCAUAAGGCCUUUCAACUACUUUGACGAGGAUCCCUCUAUUGGAUCUACCAACGCCAUCUUGAUGACACCGAUAGAACCCUAUAACUUCACCGGACAGAAGGUGGAGCGAUAUGGCACUCCUGUAGGACCACAAUGCAUUCCUAAGAAACACGAACUUGACUUUAAGGGCACAUAUUGAUGGACAACUACUUUUUUUGUAUGUUUGUUUUAUUGCCCUGUGUGCAGGUGAAUAUGGCGUGUUACUCCACUGUGAGGCAGAUUGACUUAAAAUAGCCUAUUGAGUGAAAGCUCCAACCAAUUGCAAGAAUGUUGAGACACCUUAAGCAAAAAGUGCUGAUAAUGACUUCAUCGGACGGUUAAGAAGAGAUAGUAAAAAAAGAGAAAAACGAAACAAAACAAAAGCUGUCUCUUGUAUAUGAUACUGCUUAGCUAGCAACAUUGAAAAACAGGGGGGGGGGAAACAACAUAUUCGAUCACAUGGUGAACAAUCAUUUCUUGCCAAGGCAGCAUGUCUUGACUACUUUUACAAUUGGUUGGAGCCUCAUCCUUUAGCCUUUUGAUUAUGUAAUUAGUUUUUGUUGAACGUUUGUUAUUUUUAAAUAACAGUUUAAAAACUGUGAUAAAGAAAGCUUUGUUUUGAAUCUGAACAGUGUAAGAGUGUAACGGUACGUAAUGCAUUUUUUGAAACAACUGUAUCAUUUAAUUAUUUUAGUCUAAACGAUUUGUAAGUCACUUCGGUUGAAAGCAAGACUUUGGUGUCCCUUUUAGUUUGGAGCAUUUUCACAGACUGAUAUAUACUAUGGGCACGUAAUUAGAACCGUCCGUCAAUAGUGAUUUGACACCCUCUCGGGUUCAUGCAUCCAGAAUAAUAUGAAAGGGUUUUUAUUGGCAAAUGACUGAAAGGGUUCAACAUUUCCUAAAUGUGACCCAAAAAAAAUAAGCAAUUUAGCAUGCAUUGCGUACCUAGAAGUGACAGAGAUAAGCUAAAUAAAUGGCCUUCCUGACAUGGA